CCUGCUCGCACUUGACGCACACACCCUCAGCGUCCUUGGCAACCAGACAAACAGAGGGGCUAGUGCUGACGAGGUUUUGUAGAUAGGUCUUUGAUUUUGGGGGGGGAUUUCUACCAUUUUAAGUUGCUGGCUAAUACCGCGAUUGUUUGUUCCGAUAUGGACCACCAACAUAAACUGGUCCGUUUCCUGUAUACGAGUGGGCUUAAAUCACUUCCGCUGUCGUUGCUACGACACAGGACUUCACCAGCAAUGGCCGACAAGGAGAAGCGCCGGUCCGGGGGUACUCCUCCAGGGGUGCUGGAGGUCAAAGCCACCAAAUCAGACAGCGACAGGGAGUUUCUGGCGCAGGCGGGUGUGGUAGAGCUGCUCCGCGGAGCCAUCUUGAAGAUGGUCGAGGCUAGAUCGGACGAUCCCAUCGGUUUCCUGGCCGACCACUUCUGCAACCUCGCAUCCGUGACAGAGACCGGAUCAGCUGGAUGCAGCGAUGGGGAUCAGUUGAACAACGGCCCGCUGAGCGCAGGCGCGCAGGAACAGCAGCAUCUCAACCGGGCGCUGUGGCACCUGCGGCUGGCGCACCACUCCCAGAGAUCUGCAUUCAGCAACAACAUCCGUGUGGCCUAUGACCUCCUAAAUCACGGUGGGCCCCAUAAAACUGCAAGUGAGGCUCCUGAAGGCCCUGGUGCCUCCUGCACUGACAGCCCCACCAUGGGAGAUGGGGUGAGAGGAGGCCUCUACACACAGACUCUGCAGUGUCUAUGCAGUGAAGGUGGAGUACCUGCCUCCACGUCUGCUCCGCUCCUCCAGCGUCUCCACUGUCAAGAUCACGAGGCGGUCCCUUUCGAUGUCUUCCGUCAUGGUGUGCUCACAUGUGCUGUUUUUUCAGACUACAUCCGGCAGGCCCAGAGGCUCUACGCUGAGGUGUGUUGCCCGGAUAAGGGGCCUGCCUCACGCUCACUGUGCCUAGCUGUGCUGGGGACCCUAAAGGAAGCCCUGGAGACUUCCCAGGGCUGUGAUGUAAACUGCUGUGCUAAUGCUAACACUAAAUUUAGUGCCUGCCUGGAGGCUAAUAUAAAGGCUAUCCGUUACCUGGAGGCCAGUGUCAAAAUCUCUCCCUACAGGCUAGCUCAAGCCAUGUCUGAAGCACAGACACAGGGUCCAUGUGGUAACAUGGACGCAAAAGAGUUUGAGAAUGCAGCGGCAGAGCUGUUUAUCACUCGGGUCAAGGUUGUGUCCUAGGUUUCUUUUCUGAUUUCUUAUCAUUUACAAAUGUACAGCAAUUCAGCAAUUAUACAGAGUACAUACAUAUCACAGAAUAAAUAAUUUACCCUUUGUUUACUUUAUCUUGAUGCUAACCUGCUGCUGGCUAAAUGACAGAUGUCUAGUUAACACUUAAAUAAAAAUGAAGCACUCUGAUAGUUCUUCCUCUCCAGACUGACACUAAUUCCAUCAUUUGGUGGAUAACACUCAUGAAAGCCUUAUCAUUGGAUGUCUGUUGUCUAACUUAUUGCUGUGGUAAUCAAGCAGCUGCUGAGGACAUAGAGUUCCUUCGGAAGACUAAUAGUAUUCCUUGAAAUCAAUAUAUUGAUCUCAGCAGGUUUGAUUAUUGUCCAGCCUUUGCCAUGAAAUGCUCAGAUUGAAAAGUAGCAUUGCAGUGAUCUACAUCUAAUGCAAUCCACUAUAACAACCCUGUAAUAAAUCCUCAUGUUUUCUUGAGACUGUUAGAGAACACUGCUCCCUGUGUCAUUUACACGAUGAUAUUGUUGCAUCAUAUUUAAAGAUUUCUACAUUUUUUUGUUACCAGAAACAGUAACCCAGUUUGACAGGAGCCUGUCACAUGUACUGUCCUAAAAGGAAACAAUACAGGAGAGGACUUGUGCAAACUGAUAUUCACUUAUUUCCCAUAUGCAUUUGAUCUUUUUAUUUUAUUUGUAUCUGAAGUCUUGUGAUUCUGAACCUUCUGCCAUUAAAGAGAAUCCAAUGGGAGUGCUCACAUCACACAUUUCCAAACACUGAUAGCAUUUUACAAAGAAAGACAUUUACAGAGUGAAGCUAAGAGAAACAAAGCAAUAAUAAAAAAU